AUGGAAGACGUUGUACUUCGUACAUACGUGCAGAGCGAGGUAUAUUAUUUUUUAUUUUUUAUUUUUUUGCUUUCACCAGAGUUGAAAUACGAACCUGUCCGUACAGAUACGCUGCUCUGGAACGGAGAAGUUACGGGGUUUAGCAUCUUAGCAAGCGUCACAUGGGCCAUCAGCCAUAACAGACUAACUUUGAACAAGGGUAUCGAAAUGGCAAUCAGCUCGCCUAUGAAGGAGGAACAAAGCCCAAUCGAAUCCUUCACUGCAUAUCAAAUCUAA